CUCUCUAUCUUCCACACUCACUGAGGGGAAAUAGUGCGCUCAAAUGAAGUGGGGGGGGGUUGUUGCUCAGAUGUGGAUUAAAACGCAUAUACAUGGCCCAGAAAAGCAGCUGCUGAGAGAAACGAAUCCCCGGAACUGAAGAAAAAAAAAAAGCCAUCCUUGACCUACUCUGAAGAUAAAUAUUCAAUUCAAUCCAUGCAGUGGACUCGGGGAAAAUUAUACCUGAACAAUAUGCGGGCCCUCAGAAAAGAUCAACAGUGGACCAUGUGAUACUCGACCUUCAUGAAGAGGAACUGGAACGCACUCCAGGAGAUGUCAAACUUGAUCUGAAGUCGCUCUGGAGAGGGGACACGGAGCUCUUAAUUCAGCCGUUGCCGUUCACGUGCUGUUUAACAAUACUCAGCCGUCAUGGACCAACGGUGAAGGAGGAGCGGCGUCAGCGGUAGAUCCCAAGCAUCUCACCAUGGAUGUGAAGGAGACUGUCUCCGCCAAGAAGCAUCUGUGAACCGGGGGAGGGGGGACGCCGACGACCGAGAGUGAGGACGGAGGACGGAGGACGAGCUAGUGUUUUGCUAUGUCCAUGGUUGCAUCCGCUGCGAGCUGGACUUAGGGACACAGCAGUGGAGGAUGUCAGCGGAGGCGGAGCUCCAUCCAGGGGUGAAAACCAGCCAGCGAAAGGAGUCCAGGAGGAUCAGGGGUCAGGACCGUAGCGAGACGGGGCUUAUUAAGCGUUUCCGCGGUGAUGGUGUGCGGUACAAAGCCAAGCUGAUCGGGAUUGAUGAGGUGACGGCGGCGCGCGGGGACAAGCUGUGCCAGGACUCCAUGAUGAAGCUGAAGGGAGUGGCUUCUUCGGCUCGUUCCAAAGGGGAGCACAAGCAGAGGGUCUUCUUGACAGUCUCCUUUGGUGGGAUCAAGAUCUUCUGUGAAAGAUCAGGGGUUCUCCUACAUCACCACUCGGUCCAUGAAAUAAGUUACAUUGCCAAGGACACCAGAGACCACCGGGCUUUCGGCUACGUCUGCGGGAAGGAGGGCCACCACAGGUUUGUGGCCAUCAAGACGUCGCAGUCGGCCGAGCCGCUCAUCAUCGACCUUCGCGACCUGUUCACGCUCAUCUACGACAUAAAACAGCGCGAGGAGCUGGAGAAGAAGGCUCAGAAGGACAAGCAGUGUGAGCAGGCGGUUUACCAGACCAUCCUGGAGGAUGAAGUUGAUGACCCAGUUUACCAGAAUAUCAACCACAUUGAUCUGUUUGGUGACAUGUCCACUCCUCCUUCGAUGCCUCCGUCUCCUGCCAACACGUUGGACCCAAGCAGGAGCAGCCGCCAGCAGCAACAAAAUCCCGCUGAUUUGUACGCUCCUUUCAGUCCUACUUCUGUGCCAUCAGGUUACAUGACCAUGGGCCCAGUGCAGGCGGCCCAGUGGGCGCAGCAGCCAUAUUCUGCUCAGGCACAGACUCUGGCCUUCCCUGUGCAGGGACCACUCCAGGUGGCUCAGGUCCUCCCCGGUGGUCAGCCACUCAUCUGGAGCCAGGCCAACAUUUUCCCCGCCACUCAGCAGCAAUGGGCAGCCAUGGCGGCAUACAUGCCAGCCCAGACAGUAGGCGUGGGGGGCCACGCCAUCCCAGCUGCCAUGCUGCAGGGCCUGGUUCCCAUCACCGCCAUGUGUCCCCAAGGCUGCGACCUGUCGGCCCCGUCCUCAGCAAUCGCCAGCCCCCAGCACGCGGCCGACCCGGGCCUCAUCCAGAGGCACUUGAAUCUGUGCAGAGAAGGGCUGGGAGUAGACGUAGACGUAGACGCAGACGAGGGUCCCUCCACGUCGGGGGCCGGAGCGGCAGCAUCAGCGGCGGCGAGCAGGUGUGGAACCCCGGGCCUCGUAAAUGUACCGGACACGCUGGCGUGCAUUCAGCAGCUGCUGCCGCCGCCGCCGCCUUCGUCCGCUGCGGCACAGGAAGAGGAGGGGAGCUGCAGUGACCUUGAUCUCUCGAGGAUGACCUUGAGCCCGGGUACAUCCACGUCGCCAUCAACUGAAUCCCCAUCUACCCCAGCCCCUCAUCAAAGCUGUUCGUCUGACUGCCCACCGUCUCAGACCAGUGACCUCACAACAGACCACUCUCCUGUAGAUCCGGAGGACAACCCCAGCGGCACCAAGGAGAUCCCUCUUGAACAAGGUGAAUCGGCGGAUCCAGAUCUGACCCAGAAUCAGGAUUGUCCACAGGAUGACAGCUAGAGAACAACAGCCUGCAUGAUGGGAAUGUCUAAGGCCAUGACGGGAGAUGGAAUAAACACGGAGGAGAAAUAGCAAGAAGAUGAGGAGGAGGAAGAGGCUACAAUAGUGAGUGUGACCAGAUGAAUUAGGCAGACGUGUUCUGUUUCUACAACCUUUAAAGGAUAUUUUGGCAGGUCUGAAAUAAGCAGCUUUUCCUAGGAGUCCUCGCAAUUGUACUGUACUGCACUGUACUGUUCUUCUCAGCAU